AUGUGGGCCGGCCUUGGAUGAGUACAAGUAAUGCUACAUAAUCUCCUCAAGCUGAUCCACUUACCUUUUUUCACUGUGGUUUCUAAAACACACUAUCCUUUCCUCUAAUAGCUGCUCAUCACCAGGGAGAGAUGAAGAUACAGUGUAACGUGUGUGAGGCGGCGGAGGCGACGGUGCUGUGCUGCGCCGACGAGGCGGCGUUGUGUUAUGGUUGCGAUGAGACCGUCCAUGCAGCUAACAAGCUGGCUAGUAAACACCAGAGAGUUUCUCUCACUAACUCCUCAUCUCCUAUGCCCAAAUGCGAUAUUUGUCAGGAAACAGUUGGAUAUUUCUUUUGUCUGGAAGAUCGUGCUUUGCUAUGCAGGAAAUGUGACGUCUCCAUACAUUCGAUCAAUGCCCAUGUUUCAGCUCAUCAACGCUUUCUGCUAACUGGAGUGAAGGUGGGACUUGAACCUACUGAUGAACGUAGUGCGCCAUCUUCUUCAGGAAAGUCUCAGUCCCCUGACAAAGUUACUGAAACAGAGUCAAGGCCAUUGUCUAAAAAGAAUAACAACGUGGCUUUGGAAGGUCAAAACAACAGUGGACAUUUCCAAGUUGGCGAAGUUGGUGAGGUGGCACCGACCAAUUCGCCUUUUGGUGGAGGGUCUGAUUGUGAAAGCUUUCAACAAUGGCAAUUAGAUGAAAUAUUUGGAGUAAGCGAUCUCAAUCAGAAUUACAACUAUAUGGACAAUGGGUCAUCCAAGGUUGUGUACCUGAACUAUCACUUUCUGGCACUUUGUGUACCUGAACUAUCACUUUCUGGCACAUUGUGUACCUAGAGUUUGAAGAUUCUAUCGAAAAGCAUACUCCCGUUAGUUUUAUGUUAACACCGUUAGUUGAAGUUGUAAUAAGACUACAAAGUGAAGGGUAGUUGAGUACUUUCCAGCGGUGUACUACCAUUACUUCUAGCAAUUAAACAGAGGAAGCCAGGUCUGUGCACUGCCUCAGCAACAAAUUGUGAGGUCCUGUGUAAAAAUUUAAUAAUAGGAUCCGGAAUAUUUAUAUAAACAUAUUACUAUUGCUCAA